ACUUCCCCUGCUCUUCUCACAGGACGCCAGAGCAAUCGAGACAAUCAACCCUGCCAAUCCUCUGUAGCUAGGUUGGAUCAGCACAUUGGGGGAGUUGGCGACAUCGACUUUGCAUGGAAGCUAGGCCGGCCUGGAGCAACCUUCCAGCUUGCCUCUAGUCUCAACAGUCAUGAUUCAACUGUCAACCCCCGGAGUCCGGAGCGGGUUUACCUGUUCCAUGGCCCAUGUGAUCAACAUCUCCCCUCCUAGGACCUGUGACACAAGGAGGGUUGCAUGCAUGUUGAAUUGGCGUGAGACAUACAGUCGGGUCGUAGCGUUGCAGGGUCUGGUCUAUCUGGACAUAUAACCUGCCAUCGAUGGAGCUUUGCUAGCUUUUUUUUUUCUGUUUCUCCUGCUUUGCCAAGCGCUGUUUCCGACGACGUUCACUGCGUCAAGUAGAAGCAAUCCAGAACGCAGCCUUGUCAAGUGCACCGAAGAAGUAACCACCCACCAUGACGACGCGACGUGAUGUCAAAACGGGCGUGUCACUCGUUGCUGCUGUCGAAACAGCCGAGAAGCUGGGCACCACGGUCGACGAGGUGGUGGCCGCGCGCUUGUCUGAAGAGGACAUGAUGCGUAUAAGCGCCGAAUCCCUCAAUAUAUCCUCCUGGACCGGCCUGCGCAUCUGCGGCAUCAUGUUCGUCAUGGGCUGCAACCAGGCUGGCUACGGUAUCGACUGGGCUGUCGUGGGUGGCAUCAACGCCUUCGACAGCUGGCACGACUACUUCGGCUUUGGCGAAGCCGGUGUCAUCCUCGGUACCAUGAACGCUCUCAUGACCAUCGGUACUUUUGUCGGAGCGCCCUUCCUGGCCCUGGGUGAUACGUUUGGCAGACGGGGUGUCAACUUUGUCGGAAAUGCCCUUGUCGUAGCCGCCGCAUUGCUCCAAGGUCUCGCCCCCAACCUGCCGUGUUUCUUCGUGGGAAGGCUGUUGUUGGGCUUUGGCACCGCCUUGUGUACCGCGCCCCAGUACAUGGCCGAGAUUGCUCCUGUGCACUUGCGUGGUAGACUCGUCGGCAUCUUUGGUGCUUGCUUCCAGGUCGGCUCUAUCGUCAUGAAUGCCGCCAUGAUGGGCUUCACCCAGUGGAAUAGCGACUGGCAAUGGCGGGCACCCUUGCUCCUCGAGGGCCUCUUCCCCUUCCUCGUGUGCGUAUUCAUCUACAUUUUGUGCCCCGAGUCGCCGCGGUACUUAGUCAUGAAGGGCAAGCGGGAGCAAGCCCGCCACGUCGUCGCCAAGUACAUGACGACCCACAACGACGAAAACGCCCCUAUUGUGCCUCUAGUCCUGGCCCAGAUUGAGGAGUCCCUCGAAGAAUCCAACACGGGCGUACGCGCUGCCUGGGACUACCGCAUCUUCUUUACAAAGCAGGUGGGCUACCGCACUAUGGUGCUUCUCAUCUACUCCCUCUUCCAGCAGUGGAACGGCGGUGGCAUUAUCGGUAACUACUUGACGCCCGCCCUCGCCACCAUCGGUAUCAAUGACGCACUCGAUCAGCUCGGCAUCAACUUGGGUCUGACGGCCGUUUACUUUAUUUUCACUGUCUUCGGCUCGUACCUCAUUGACAUUUUCCGCCGUCGUACCCUCAUCUUCACUGGCCUCGUCAGCAUCAUCAUCUUCCAGGUUGCCACUACGAUCACCAGCUGGCAAUACGCCCAGACCGAAAGCAAGGCCACCGCCUACCUUACCAUUGUCUGGAUGUUCCUGUUUCAGAUCUGCUCCGCCUCCUUCAUAGCCACUAUGCACAACCUGUACCCCGUCGAGAUCAUCUCGCUGCCUCUGCGUGCUAAGGGUAUGGGUCUCUACGCUAUGUUCCAAGGCGCCGCGGGUGUGGUCAACACGUACGCCAUCUCGCUCGGCAUCGUCAAGCUAGGAUACAAGAUUUGGGCCGUGUACAUCGCGUACAACUUUAUCCAGCUCAUUGCUAGUUAUUUCAUCUUCCCUGAGACGAGCAAGCUAAGUCUGGAGGAAAUCGAUCGAGUUUUUGAGACUAAAGGCACGGAUCCCGUCAAGCUGAGUUUGAAGAUUUCAAAGGCCAAGAAGGAGAAGGCCAAGGUCGACAGAGAGACGGAAAGGAGUGAAUUAUAGUCGUGAGUGGUCAUGUGGUUUAAGAUUUUUAAUUGGUGGCGUCAUGAUCUUUUGCAACUUGCCUGGAUUAUGAACCAUUGUAAACUAUUCUGGAAUGGGAAAAUCUUCUAUCGAUGAAUUGUAAUCCAG